GGGUUGUCAUAACGGCGCAAAACGUCCUGUCCACAGAAUAUCGAGUUCAUUUUUUUAACCAAUCAAAUUAUUAUUACUUUGAAAUACUAUGUAGUGAUUGGCUAAAAAAAGUCUUGCCGCUAUCUGUGUAUUUUGGAUGACAAUUGACGUUUUUGACAGUCAAAUCAAACAAAAUGGCUUUGUUGGUUAUGGUGGUGUAUGCCGUCUUCCGUUAGUUUACGUUUGUUUCCUGUUUUUCUUGAUCCAUCGUGUUCAAGGAGUUCGCUUUUUUCCAUCCAUUGGCUCCUUGUUUAUUAAAUUAGUUUAUAUUUGAAUUAUUUCUUGUUUUAGGUAAAAAUGUAUUCUGUAAUAGAAUUUAAACAAGAAGAAGAUGGUGGUGGACUAUCUAUAGUAAAUUCAACUUGGUUGACACCUAGAAAAACUGAAGUACGUUGGCCCCCUAUAAAAGAUAACCUUCAAUUUAAAAAAGUGCUACGCAAACUAGAACCUGAAAUUGAUGAAACUUGGAAGAUAUAUGGUGUCCAGAAAAUUUUUUAUUCAACAGAUGAUUUUGAAAAGGCCACAAAUAAAUUAAAAAGAGCAGAAAUAACAUCUGAUCUACAAACUGAUCUUGAGGAUGAUAAUACCAGACCCAGAAGAAAGAUCCUGAAACGAAAAUUUAGUUCGGAUGAGGACAGCAACGACCAGGUUUCGCUAUUUAAGCCUGGCAAAAAGUCGAAGCAAAUUUUACCAUGGCCUCCACCUGUGGGAAUUAAUAAACUCUAUACAAAUCCAAGAGGAUCGUCUCAAGAAUUGGAAUCUGGGACAGAUGAGUCUGACCCUGGCAUACCUUCUGGCUCUCAAUUUAUGAAAAGCAUAUCCACACCAAGGGAUAAGUUAUCAUUUCAGAUAUCUACACCAAAAUCUUCAUCGUCUUUUGGUAGGCAAGAAGCAACUGAAAUACAAACACCGACUCUGAACGAGUCUCUAAAUUUUGAUAAUAGUCUUCAGGAUACAAAUGGAUUGAAGGUUCUACUUAAACAUAUAUUAACAAUUAAGGAACAGAACAGAAAAAUUCUAAAUAUUUUGGAGAAAUCAAAACCAUUUGAAAAUUCAGAUUUACCUGAUGACUUCAAAAUAAAAUUGCCAAUAGAAUCCUUACAAGACCUGGAAGAACUAGAGAUAUAUUUGACAGAAGAAGAGAACUUCAACACUUUUAAAUCAUACUGUGCCUCAAUUUCAAACCUGAAAGAUGUUACCCAGAAGAAUAAUAGGAUAUUAAGAUCUCUUUUGACAGAUAAUAUUGCGAAGCAUUUUAAUUACUUCGGUAACAACCGGCGGCAAGACAGAGUAUCAAAUAAGCGACCAUUUAAUCAACUGCGCUUAAACAAAGUGGUUCUAGAUGCGGUAAAACAAGGAACUGACUUUACAACUCAUGAAGUUGAGAACGCUAUUAAGCGCUGGUUAAAACAUGCUCCUAACCGUAACAAGAAAAAUUACUAAUUUGGAAUUGUUUUAAUUUUAGUUUUUUAUUUGAUUAAACAUGCAAAGGUUUUAUAAAGAAACUGUAGGUGAACGCCAAAUGUGUAGGAGGGUGGCUAAGGAACUUAAAAAUACGAUUGAAGGUCUUAAUAGUAAUUUAAAUCAGGCUUCUUCCCUUGUUAGUAAAACAGUAGUACAUAGUGAUACCGUUUAGUAAGUUUUUAAGGAUAAGUAUAAAAUUUGCAAGAUGUUGAUGUAUAAAAUGUAACAUCUUUAUUUAAAAAUAGUCAAAAAAUUUAAAAAUAAAAAUAUUCUCGAUUAUGUUCAAAAAAAUUUAAAUUUUUUGACUAUUUAAAAAAGUAUGUUUUACACAUCAAUAUUUUGCAAAUUUUAUGAAAAAGAUUAUUAUUAAAAAGUUAUAUUUAUUAAAAAAAAAUACUUAUUUAUGACCAUUCAAAUAUUAUUUUUAAAUAGCCAUGGGGAUGCGAUUCAAGAUUUUCAAAAAGAUACAUUGUCAAAUAUGAUACAUCACUAGAUUUGAAAUUUUGUGAAGAACAAUAUUGUCACAAAAAAAUUAUCUCAUUUCCUGUUAAACCGGAAGUAAUAAUUGAAGCACCGCCAAAAGCUGAAUAUUUAUGUGAUUUCAAAAUAAUCGGUUUAUUAACAAAAAAGAUAUUCACUGUUACCUGAUCUCGUCACCAGGUAUAUCUUAGCCACCCUACCUGCCAUUUGCUUUACAAAGUUUCUUGUAUUUUAUAUUCACCUGUCAUUUUACAAAGUUUUUUGUAUUUUAUAUAAUAAAAGUUUUGACAGAG